AUGGUCAAAGUGCGGAGAGGUUUGACGCAGGCGAGCUUUGAGAGGAUGCUGGAGACUUGCGUCCGCUUGCAGAGGCGGGUGAUGGAGCAGGAGAUGCUUGACGUGCUGCGCGAGGUGGCGGAGGGGCGACAUGCACGAGCGUGUGCUGAAGAGCUUGAAAGGGAGAUGCGGGACGAGGAGGCGGUUCAGCGUUGUUUCCUGCUGGGCUGUCUGGAUGGGCUGGUGAAGGUUGUGGAGGAGGCGCUUCGACUGGAUGCGCGUCUAGAUGCUCGUUCUCGGAUUCCUCUCGGGAAGCUGGCAGGAAAGCUGGGGGAAGUUGGAGUGUACUGGGAGGAGGAGGAAGAGGAGGAAGAGCGCACGGGACUUGAGCUUGCUCUGUUCUCCUCUAAGGCCUCGCGCGACUCCGUCGGCUGCUCGCCUCUCAUCCUCGCCUGCGAGCAGGGAGGGGCUCGAGCUCAGCGGGAGGUAGAGCUCCUGCUGGAUGUCAACGCAGACCCUCGAGUGAAGGAUUUUCUCGGCCGAACUGCUCUCGAGCUCGCCUUGCGGUGGGAGCAGCAGGAAAUUGCCGACCGCCUCAUCGCGGCGGGAAGUGAUGUUGGCGAAGCGCUGGACAGAUUGAGGACAGAGAAAGAGGACAGAGAGAGAGGACAGAGAUGGGAGACAGAGAAGGUGAGGAUAGAGGAGGAGGAUAAGAAAUCGGCAGGCUACGGGGAGAGCUCUGCUGGCUCUCAGAAGGGUUUCAUGCUCGCGAGGGUUCACUUCCAAGCACCAGGGUUCGCUAUGCUGGACGAGCUGCGACGAAGUGGGAGUGAAAAUCGUCUUCCUGGCUCUCGCUCGCUAUGUCCCCAUCCGCAGCUGCGACCUGCUGUGGCUUCAGCGGAAAGUGACAAGAGAAGGAGAGAAGUAGAAGACGACGAGGAGGAGGAGCAGGGGGGAGACUGA